AUGUUGAUCAACGGCGAGAAGUGGGCUUGCGAUGCCUGUAUCCGCGGGCAUCGUGUGAGCAAUUGCCAGCAUGCAGAUCGACCCUUGAGCCACAUCAAUAAGAAAGGUCGCCCUGUUUCGCAGUGCCCUCACUGUCGAAGUUUGCGGAAGUCUCGCACCACUCACACCAAGUGCGAAUGUGGUGAGAAAGGCCAUACAAAAGCUGAAUGUCCUGUCAAGGAGCCGGGUGACACUCAAGCUGGAAUUCGAAAACCGUGUUGCUGCGGCCAUGGCACUCGCUGCAUAUGUGCUGCCAAACGAGACUCCAGUCUUGAAACUGUUCCCGAGCUGGGCACUCCUCGUAACGGAGCAGCUUCCCAUCUGAGCCAGAGACGCCCUCAUAUCGCAACUACAAAAACGGACGAUGCGCUUCCAGGAUUCCCGACCCGCCACAAUAAGCAUAAAGUAAAUGGCACAUCUAAACGAGGGGUCCCUUACUCAAUUCCUAGGUCCAACACUGUUCAUGUUUCAUCAGGUCUGGCGCGGCGUUCGGUAGACCAUCUUCUCUUGCCCGAAGCAAGCGUUGAACAAAAUGGGACACCAGCCACGGAUUCGAUUACAGAGGGUGUUCACCCAGUCCGUCGCGUGAGGUCGGAGCACGGAUCCCCUACUCAUGAGCCUUUGUUUGGUAUCGACGAUAUGAAUAACGACAUCCCCCAUCUCGAUAUUUCCCUUGCUCCGUUUGAUCCGACAAACCCAGCCUCUGGUUUAUUUGACUUUCAAAAUCAGCGUUUCGAUCAAUUCUAUUCUCCUGAGUCGGAAGCAUUUCCCGAGACACCCAAUUUCAACGUCCCCCCAGUGGACUGGUCUACGUUUGGGCUGUCCUACAACCCCAACGAGCUUCACACUGCAUUUAGCCAACCGCCCUCGUACACAAGCUUUGACAACAAUAAUUUCAGCCACUCUAAUCUCGCGCAUUCCUCUUCCGGAGAGAUCUCAGAAGUCGAAGAUUUCGGUUUCGCUGCCGGUGCAGGGAUGUCCAAUCCUGACAACCUUGACGUCCACAGCGUCAGUGAUAGAUCGGAGAAUGGUGUGUACCGCCUCGGCUCGUCGUCGUAUGUGGACUUCUCACAGUCUCAAGUGCUCUCGCCAAACGACCUACAAUCAGUCGAUAUCGAUGCCUUCCUCAAGGCUGGCGCUGCGCUCAGCCAGCCACCGCAACCCUUUGACAUAGUCGCUUCUUCGGCAAGGACGGGACUAGAUCCUUACCCGGCCUCACAGGGGUACUCUCCUGCAGAUAACCAGUCCUUCACGACAACUGUGGGUAGUGAUGGCCUGCUCGUCUCACAGGGCGGAGCGUUUUUGUCUGCGGGAUCUAGCGAUUUUCCGUGGGACCCGGCAACAUAUUCGAUGACUACCUCUGCAAACCAUGGCGAUAUCCCUCUACAGCAACAAGGCCAGUGGUUCUGA